AGCCCCGUCACCCCCUACCAGUUGCCUAUGCCUGGUUGCCAAGAGGGAACAUCAUCCUGCACAAGAUCAUGGAUGAAAUGGAUGCCCAGAUCCCCUCAUCUUCUUCCCUUCAUCUUGAACAAAACCUAUCACCAUGAACAGAGACUCUGAGGUAGGCUUAGGCUCAGGGUGGGACCUCUGCUGUGCUCUACUGGUUCUGGGAUCCCCUCUGGGGUGUGAAGCCCUUCCCAGGGAGAGGUCUGUCCAACAAUUGGUGAGGUUUUAUUCACCAAAGUGCCCCCGGGGGUUACAAGAAAUAAUGGCCACAAGCUAGCAAAGAGCAGAUUUAGACUGGACAUUAGGACGAACUUCUUCACAGUUAGAGUGGCCAAGGUCUGGAACGGGCUCCCAAGGGAGGUGAUGCUCUCCCCUACCCUGGGGGUCUUCAAGAGGAGGUUAGAUAAGCAUCUAGCUGGGGUCAUCUAGACCCAGCACUCUUUCCUGCCUAUGCAGGGGGUCGGAUUCAAUGAUCUAUUGAGGUCCCUUCCGACCCUAGCAUCUAUGAAUCUAUGAAUCUAUGAACAGGGCAUUUACAGGGGGGGAUGCUACUCCCUUUCAUCUGGUCAGAACUCAUCAGCUGAACCAAAUUAGUGCUCAGAUCAGAGUAGAAACCCCAGACAGCUAAGAUCAGUGCCCAAGGAGGCAGUGCAGCCACCGCAGGAGCUAUCUCCAAGCCUGGCUUUUCUCCUCCCUGGCAUCUGCUGCCCUUAAACCUCAUCCCCAGAGCUUUCUCCUCUAAACCUUACCUUAAAAUUUUCCCCUGAGCAUCCAGUGUACCCCUCUGCCCUACUGGGUCUCCCUGCGCUGGGCUCCUGAAUUAUGUUACCCAUUCCUGAGGACAUCUGCUCUGCCCCAGGAGAACAGAGGGCUCUGAGUCCUACAGAGGUAGACAUGUUCCCCGCAGGUCUUACUGCCAGCCCUGGCCUCCCUCCCACCUACUGUCCCUGAGAUUCCUCAGGCCCCUCUCAGAAAUGGCAGUGGACUUUUUCUGCUGCCCAGGGCAGGCAGUGGGCAAGCAAGCGCCUUACCUGUGUUGUGGAUCUCCAGCUGGAAAGGACCUGUAACAGGCUAGGCAGUUAGGAGCUUGUCCUGUCUGUCUGUGUCAAAGGCACUGAAGCACUGAUGAAUAAGGUCACCCAGCUGCUCUGUGUGGGAGGCUUCCUCACAUAUACACAUACUGCCUCCAGUGUCAGCCCAGGGACUUACUUUGAAGCAGCCAAACUAAGGGAUUUGGGACCCCUUCUAAAUACAUGCUGGAGAGCUCUGCCACUAGGAAACAUGAGCCCUUUCUCUGCGGGAGGAAGAGAGGGCAAGUGAUGGCAUUGGGAUGGGGGUGGCUCAGGAAGCAGCCUAUAGCACACAGGGUUUUCUGUGCCUUCUACAGAGCUUUACAAGGUGACCCCAGCUGCCAGCCUUGGUAAUAUGGAGGAGGGGAGAGCUGGUUUAGGGCCACCACAGAUCCCAGCAGCACCUGCAAACAGCUCCAUUUGAGCAAGGCAGGUGAAAACCUUGGCUCCUGCACAUUGCUUUUGGGCAAAGUUUGGGUGCCCUUGCUGUGGGCCAUGUUCACCAUUGGUGUAACCCCAGUGAAAUCCGGGGGUGGGAAAGCUUCUUGCAUCUGGCUCUGCUCUCCCAGCACAGAGGUAGGUGGAGAAGCAGAGCUGAAACGGCCUCCAUCAGCAUCUGACAUUUCACAUGUUGCUCUUUGUCUCUUGUGAUGUGGCUAAGACUGACCAAGCACUAGCACAGUCUCCAGCUCAGUGUGGCGCAGGUCUCAGUCAUCUCAGAACUGAGCGCUGGGAACGGGGUGGGGAACCCCACUGAGUCAGUCAGUGAGGCAAGAUGGUCGUUCAGGCUUGGGGACAGACCACGCUGUGUGGAAAAUGUGGAAGAUUGUGACCAAGUCUGUGGCUUGACCAGGUUAAUAGGUGUCUCUAGAUCAAUUAGACCAAGGCCUUAUCAGCUCAUCUCCUGCCUCUGCACAUGGGACCAGCUGUGCAGUGUGGUGCCUCAGGGUCAGGAAGGGGAUUUCCAAUCAGUUGUGUGUGAAGCAGGUGGGUUGAUUGUGGCUGUGCCUUAGUUCCUAUCUGCUUUUCAGUGCUCUCCUCAUGCUGCUGUCAAGAACAGUAGAUGGCUAGAAGUGGGUCCCUUGAUGUUGGUCUAAUCACUAAGGAAAGGAUGCUCACAGAUGCUUUCUCACAUGGCGCAGGUGGAAAGGCACCUCUGGAUUCUUUAAGAACUCUCCUUGUCACUGAGCCCCUCUAUCUUUCAGUACCUGUGCUAGGAACAGCUUGCUCUUCCUUCCCCCAGCUACUGUUGAGAGCAGCAGAAAAAUGCCCCCAGAAGAUCCCAAGUGGCUUUUCGUAAGACCUUGGAGGGUUUCCCUGAGGAGCUGGAGCCUGUGGGCUGCCAUGCAGAGAUCCACUGCUGGCAACUAUGAGCUUUGUGCUUCGUUUUAACGAGGCAGAUUUCACAACUAGACAAAGCAGCAGCUCUGCUUUGAUGUUAAGAGGCUGUCUCCUCUUCCACCCCCAAGCCUGAAACUAGGCUGCUGUACAAGUCUUUUUGUGCCUCUGUGAUGAAUCAAGUGCUUGGUAACAUCAAAGGGAGGAGGCAGGGAAAGUCAGAAAAAAGCAAGAGAUUCAGACAAGGAGGUGACAGUAGGAGCUGCAAAUAACACACAUGCUGAGUGCAUGCACACACGUUCUGGUGUGUACACAUGCAUGCACAUACACAUAAUGCUUCAAAUCCAGCAGCAUUACACACAUGCCUGCAAUAAUAGGCUACCCAUGUGCAGGUGCCUUAAGACCCAGCUGCACUGCUAGAGACACACACCUGCAUUAAAUACAUGCAACAGACCAAAUCACACUGGCACCCCCAACACAUCCUGGGGUGACACCCGUGUCAUGGGGUGCCAGAGGUGUGCCAACACCUACAUGUAAUUUCCAAGAUAAACCUGGAGGUUUCAAAUAGGAAACCAUAGUGUCAAAAAUAUUCUGACCUGCUGUGGUUUUGCUGAGUUCUUUGCAACAGAAGAAUUGUAUUGUUAUUUUUCCAUAGUCCAAAAACAAGGGAAAGCUAAGAGCUGGCAUUUUCCCAGGGGUGCCUUGAGUCUAACCAGGGGUGUCUUGAGUCUAAAAGGUUGAGAACCACCAUCCUAGAUAAACUGUCCAGAACGUUAUACCAGGAUAGGCUGGGGAAGUAUCAGUCUUACCAGUGUUUAUUCCCCAUGUCAUCCAAAGAUUAAGGGAUAAAUUAAGUCUUACUUUGACCUGCAUUUCUGAGCAAAAACCCAGUUCUCCCCUCUGUGUUAGACCCUACCAUACUGCCUGUAGGUACUUCAGCUCCCAUCUAGAACUGCAGAAGGAAUUCAGAGACAUUCUUCUGUCAAACCUUGUGUACUCCAGUUCUGUGACCACCACCUGACUAGGAUUCUUCAUUGCAAUCUUUGGAGCCAUGGCUCAAGAGCAGGCAUGGAUCCCUGUCUCCAAGGCAUUCCCCAGAGCUCAGCAUUUGCCCCUUCAUAGUCUCUUUGCAUGAGGAGUCAUGAGAAUCAUGGAGCUGCUAGGAGCUCUGUGAAAAUAGCUUGUUUAUGCUCAUUAUUCAUUAUUUGUAUAGACUUUUCACUCCUAUUGUUUGUUUCAUUGUGGAUUACGUGGACAGAGCUAUUUUCAUUUUGUGAAUGUGGAACCUGAGGCAUAAAGAGAUACAUUGACCAUUCCUAAGGUCCCACAGUGAGGUGGUUUCAACCUUGGAUUGGGACAUCCAAGGCUCUGAGCCCUGGCCAUGCUGAUUUGCUCUCUCCAAUUGUGAUCUGUCCCAUCUGAAGGAAGGAGACAACCUCACUCCUGAAACAACAGCCUUCACUUUUCUCUUCCCCCUGGGUGCACUGCCCCCAAUUUGUAUGCCUCACCUUGCGCCUCUCAUUACUGACACCUGGUUUCUUGUGUCACAGACAAAUGAGGUCACAGCCUCUGUCUGGAUUGAUAUUACCCCAAUGACUCCCAGACCUGGGAGGACCAGUGGCAUCUCAGACCCCAGGGGAGGAGCAGCUAGUUUUUGGACUGCUGGUCUAUCACAGAAGCUCUCAUUUAAAGUUCUAUGCUACCUUCUUGGAGUGAUAAUGAAGGCCCCUGGGAAAGGGAAAGCUCCUAUGCAGCAGAUUGAUGAUGCUGAGGCAGGAUCUUCCAGAUUAUGGCUACCUCAUUCCAGUACUACUGAGACUGGAGCAAGUCAGUUGAGCAAUAAGGUGCAAAAGAAGAACCGUCUAAAGAAAAUACUCAAGAAGCUGUCACUGCUCAAGUUGAUAAAGCAGGCUGAUCGCAGGAUCCUCCGGCUACGUGUAUUGGCCAGCAGGUGCUGGAAGUUACUGACAUUCAAGAAACCUGCCAGCCUUGCUCCUGGCCCUGCUGGGACAAGAAUGUCCCCUAUGGAGCCAAAGAAGCCUGGAGUGGAUGCAGAUACUAGUCCUGUUGUCAACACCACCACAGAGACUGAUUCUGACAUUACAGAUGUGAGACCUACCACUCACCCCAAUGUAGAGACUGCUCCUAUCGUUGAGGAUGCUGACCCUGUUACCAUUGCUGGGGAUGACAUGGAGAUAGAUGCUGAUAUUGUGGAUGCUAGACCUGCCUCUGAGGAUGAUAUGAUGACUGAUGCUAACUUGGUGCUGUGUAACCCAGAGCCGCCCCUGGAGGUCCAGCCUGAGAUUCAGGAGUGGAGGGCCUGUUUUGAAGGCCUGCCCCAGCGGCUCCAUGUCCCUGCCCCCAAGGUGCUCUGCAGACCAGCUGUCCAGCGAUGGAUCAAACCGUGCUGUACUCGGUCCUGUGGCCAGACACUGGAGCACCCACCAACUGUCUGGUACCGGGAGUAACAAAACCUACUUCUGUAAGCUGUUAGUUCCACUCCCCCUGGGGCUGCCUAACUGGGAUCCGUCUAGAACAUGAAGCCUCAGCAGCUUCCUGUCCUUGGGUGUAGUAGGAUCCUUCCAGAUCCUGUCAGUGGCCAGAGGGAGUCCCUGCUGAGGCCUUUGAGGUGCUUCCCAUCCACGAUGAUGACUCUGGCCCAGUCCUAGCUUUUUCUGGCCCCUGGGAGCAAGGGUUUGAGGGAUUCUUGGCAUUGGAUUCUCUAUAUACCACCACAACCCACCACAGAAGUUCUUAUGCAAUGCUUAUGGUAUAUACCCAUGUUCGUAUACAUUCAAAGGAUCUGAGUGCCUGAUGUUUUCACCCCCCCCGGCCAAGAUUUCAGUGGGAGCAGAGCUAGCGUGCCCAAUAUCAUCAAGGCCCCUCAGCCACUGUUCAUGCUUUUCUUCCCUUUCUUAGUAUGAUGCUCUAGUCCCAGCUCUGCAGUACAGAGGGGCUGGGCCACCCAGGGUUAAUCCAGUACAGCAGAUACCCAAAGUGGCAGGAUUUAUGGUGUCUUCUUUUAUCCUUUGCUAAGAAUGCCCAGGCACUGCUGUGCCUGACUGGGUCACUAGCGGAUCCUGUUCUUAAUGGGGACUGUAAUAAUUACUGAGGACCCUAAUCACAUAACAGAUUUUUAGCCUGGAGAAUCCAGCUCGCUGCACUUGUUUCAAGAGUACAUUUGUUUUUCCUUCCAGGUCCUUCCGAGCUGGGUGGAAACUGAGUUGAGCAAUUGAAAGAGAGAGCUGCUGAGCGAUACACUGAGCCAUAAUUCUAUAAAUAAAGGAAAUAACUUGCAUCCUUCAGACACAAAACGUGUCUCUGGUCUGAAGUCUGAGCACAGGCAGGUGUGCAGGGAUACUUGGCAUAGUGAGAAGGAAUUGGACUGUGCCUCUUCUCUAGUCACUUACAAUUCUAGGACAGGCCCAGUUCUUCCCUGCUGUGUCUCUGCUAGAGACACUGGCAGUAUCCAAGGGAGAUUUAUGAGUUCAUUAUGCUAAAUUUAUAUUAUAUCAAAUGGGAAUCAGAAAGUUUUCUUGCCAGUAAAUUCUCAACGGAUCCUUUUAAAUCUGGCAUCCUGAGCUGAAGUUGUUAGGAUCUCCAUACCUGUGGUGAGGAGUUUAUUCUUGGGACAGUUCUCCAUGUGAAAGCUCUUGUUAUCUCAAGCCUGUGGCUCCUCUAUAUGUUCCCGUACCCUUUCCCCAUUUCCUGGGGCCCUUGAUACCAGUCAGAGUCACUGUUAAUGUGUGACAGGUGUAAUAUGAUGUCACUAGGCUGAACUGUGACACUCCCAGGCCCAUGAACUGAUGUCAUUGGUUAGAGGGAGCCCAUCUGAGCAAAGGUUGGUUUCUGCUCCCACCCUCACCAAUGUAAAUGAGAAGUGUCCUUCAGCACCAGUGGAACAGCCCACACAGCAGUUGAAUCUCUCUUCUGUGAGUGGUCCCAUUGCCUGCAGGGAAGUCGCUGGAAUGACUCGCUAUAUGUAUAAAGUUAAACUCUUGUAUAAGACUUUCCAAGACUGAACCCUAAUGCUGAAAACCUGUAGACAAAACAAUCUCACAGGCCUUGAGAGAUCUCAGGGAGGAAAUAAAUGACUGAAUUAUGGAA